AUGUCGUCGCUUGCCGUACUGGAUCGGGAUUUGUGCGGCGUUUUAGCCGAAAUGAGAUCGGAAAAAAUUUCCUUACGGACCAAGGCCUUCGAGAAACUCGAGUUGAUGCUGAACAACCGUGAGGAGGAUAUGCUGCGCUACAUGGCAGAGCAAAAGUUUGACACCGGUUGGCACGAUCUGCUGGAUGCCGCUCACCACGGUAUUCAGAAGCAGAAUCGCAAACUUCUCGAAACCAGCACCUCGGCCAGUGGUGGGGCGACCAACGUUCAAAGUAAAUGUUAUGCCUACAUUAAGGUCAUUCAGAAGGUGGUAGAAUUGGCCAUGAAUCGGGAACAGCCGCAAAUUAAAUUUUCCGAAAUUAUUCGGCGCACCGGUGAUGUUCUUAGCGAUCCGAGCAUGUUGCAGAACUUUGGAGUAUGCUAUGUACAGAUUUUACAAAAACAUGUACUUAAUUCCAAAUGGGACUUAACCGUGAUAACAUACGACGAGUGGAUUGUGAUAUUAACGCAAUGCUUUGAGCUUUACCGAGAUGGACAGAUAAAGGAACAAGUUGUGGUUACUUGCAUGGUUUUAGCUGUCCGAAGGAGUCUGGAGAAUUGCUCUGUACAGGCCCAUUUCGUGAAAUUUCUUGACCCAUUAAAAAAGAUGAUCGUUGAGAGUGACAAAGGACGGUUGCAAAACGAACUAAUCAAAGUUGCAUACAGUUGCAGCUUAAGUCUUGCGGUUGAUUUUCGCUAUGAAAUAUGUAGUUUUACGGAAAAUAUUAUACCACAGCUUGUUAAGGGUUAUGAAUCGAAAAUGGAAGAGGAAAUGAAAACUAUUUAUUUUCGUCUAAUGCAUCUGGCGUUGAUAGUGCAUAAUCCAGAGAAAAGUUUUUCGGAAUGGCGAUCUAAUCAAGAUCUCUAUUACGCACAGGACGAAUCAGAGUGGUAUAAAUGCAUUCGUAAUAUGCACUUUAUAGUUGGUUGUGAGAUUAGGGCUCAUGUUUCCGCAUCCUAUAAUGCUGUAGGGGGACGAGAAAUGCCCUUCGUCGACGGAUUUAUUCCGUUUGCGGCUAGGCUGUGUUAUUUGAUUUUCUGGCACGAUGAGGUCUGGAGCCAAACAGGGUCUGAUAAUGGCAGCAGCUCAAAAAAGGUUAAACGAGCAAACAAGCUGCAAAGUUUGAUGGAUCUUAUAGGAUCUGAUUCCAAUCAGUUUGAAUGGCGCUGGUUGGUAGUGCUGGCAGAAAUCGUUGAACGAUGUCCAGCUGUUCUGGAGGAAGAAGACUACCAUCCGUUGCUGCAUCUACUGAGCACGAUACAGCCAAAGCUCAAUCUUUCUAUUCAACUGAAUGCAUUUCGCCUAUGUUGCAUAGCGUUGGUCAAAUUUGAACGGCAAGAUGCAUUCAUUAAAUCCAGUCUAAUUAACGGAGCACACUGCCUGGAACUUUGGCAAAAAAUCGCGGAGUGCUGUUUCCGGUGCAGUACAUCCAACAACAAAUCGUCGCCCGAUAAUCAUCAAUUAUUACAGCUGCUUAUUGCCUCUCGGAAAUAUCCGUCGGUGGGAUUUUUGAAUGGUAUUCUUCAAGCCUUUUACGCAUAUUCAAUCGAUUGCACCAAUAAUAAUGUCGCUACUAUUCGCACUCUAUUGGAGACGGUGCCAUUGGAAUUGUUUGGACCGGUUCAGGAAACCGUUGAAAGCGUGUUCAACUAUUUGUUUCCAAAAUCAAGGGAAACGCAGGCAAAGGGAAUUCUGUACAAGAAAGAACGACUGGAUGCUCACUUAGUCGCCGUAAUCACUGUUAACUGUGUAGUUACCAAACAUAAUCAAAGUGCCAGUAACGGCGUUGUUCUAAACGCAAACAACCCAGAAAGUGGACAGUAUUAUGAACCUGAUGAACAACUUCGAAAUAUAGAAGAAAACAUUCUUUUAAAGCGCGUGGAAAAACUAAUAACUAUACAAACCACAUCGUCAGUGGAAACCAUUUCGAACAAUUCGACUGUGAUCUAUAAUAUACACGAGAAAAACUUUGAAUUACUCUGCACAGUUAUUAACUUUGAGAAGCAUACUCUACCAGCGGAAAGUGAUGCACUUUAUAAUGGCUUAAUCAAUAUCGUUGGCGAUGUAGAACUGUACUUGUAUAUCCUGAAUGAAUUACUCAUCCACAGCGCUUUGGGCGACGAAUCUUUCGAGAAGUGCUUGAUAACGAAAAAGAUCACCUUCAAAAUACAGGAAUUGGAGCUGGGCUUUGAAAGGCUCAAAUCUGGGACGCUAUUGGAAUUGACUGAGCUUUCCCAUCGACUGCUGGCAAUUUUUAGCGGCUCAUAUCAUCCACUCAUCAACCAGAUGAUUAAAACGAGUGAUUUUACAAAUCUCUUUGAAUGGAUUUUCAAGAAAUCCAAGAGUUCCCCUGAACGAGACUCCAGGUAUAUUGAUCGGAUUCGACAGGAAAGCCUUAACAAAGAACAACUGAUUCAGCAUAAUUUUCUCGCGAUUGUUGCAAAUUAUAUGAAAUAUGAUGGAGUGCACACCAACAAAGCAAAGGAUUUCCUCGAUCGUGUUCAACUCAACAUCGAUAGCAACGUAGAUCUGUUCUACAUCUUUCAAUUAUCACAUAUAUUUGUCAAACAAAGAUCUACGUUCUUCCUUGCCGAAUGGAUUCUAACAUAUAUUAAGGAUGUAUGCAGGAAUCACCACUCUAACUGCGCCGUAACCGAAGCUAUCAUUGACUUGUUCGCGGAACUGGUGAUCUUUGUCAGUCCACAUGAAGCACUUUUCGAUGACAUUAAUACUGUACUGCUUUCCUUUCUUCGGAAAGCAAACAAACAAAUCUAUUCGGUCCGGUUACAGCGUAAGAUCUACGAUCAGGUUAAAUUUCUACUGAAAGCUUAUCCUAAUUAUUUCGAUUCGUUUGAAACAAUCUUUGUUAGAAUGGUCGCACUGAUUAAAGCACCAAGCUUCCUCAUCCAAAUGAGUGGUGUGGAAAAUCUUCUGUAUCUCUUCGCUGAUGAAUGGGCUUUUUCGCGGGAUAAUACGAAAAUUGAUUUCCUUCAGUUUCAGCAGAAGCUGUACUCGGAAGUAAAUUUUCAAAUAGAUUCAGUUCUCUCGAGGGAUGAACGGGAAGGCUUGCUGGCAGCAUAUUUGCAACUGAUCUGUGGAUCAUGGUGUCAAAGCUAUCAUAUCAGGAAACAAGCCACGUGGGAUCUGGUUGAACAGGCUCAGCUGAGCCAGGUUGCACAACAUAAAGUUCAAAUGAUCCUAAAGUUGAUUGGUGACAUUACUUCCAUUAAUGCAGUGUCUGUUGUGCAUGACUGCAUGGAGACAAUAAUCGAUAAGUGGGUAGUCAAGUACCAGUUAAAAUCCUUUCCAUGGUGUAUCGUUGCUUGUGAAUCAUUGGACAAAUUUAUUGAAUGUUAUCAAUCGGUUAUUGCGUUCGCUAUUAUUCGUUACAAACCAUCAGAGCCAUCGCAGCUCUGCAGGAUUUUUAGAAAAUCUGUGCCCGACAUGAUCAAGCAAAUAUCUACGAGAUGCGUUUCAUAUCUCAUCCCCAACUGGGUCCAUUGCGUGAACAUGCCGCAGUCAUAUUUACAGCGGGCAGCACAAAUGGAACAAAUAAUCCUCAAAAGCGGUGUGAACUUGAAACUGUGUACAACCAGCGAUGAGUCAUUGGUUCUCAUUGUGCAACAUCUCUUGGAUUAUCUACAUGACACUGAAAGAACGUGGAAGCUGGCCGAACGUGAAACUUUAACAGCGGAAAAGGAGUAUAGGCUAAAUAGCGAAAGUUUUACAUUAUGUUUAGAUUACCUUAAAAGCAUGUUAAGUACCGGUGCCAAGCAGCCAGCGCUAACGUAUCUUUGCUCGAAGCACCCUUCCGUUGUAGAACGAAUUUUUAUGUUUUUGAAGUUAAAACUUCAACACUCGGAAGUGACGGAAGAUAAGCUUACAGUUCUUUUCAAAUACUCCACGUUAUUGGAUCUACUAUUGGAGGAUUAUUUCGGCCAGCAACGUUCGGUUGAUCUGAAGCAAUAUCUAAUAAGAGACAUUUGCUACUUCCUCUGCCAUAGCAUGAUGGACAAUAAGUUUCUGCAUGUGGCGAUUUUAAAUAUGUUAACAAACUUUGUCGCAAAGAUCAUAUCCAGUUGCGCCGAGUAUUUGGAGCCAUACCUUAACUUUUUGGUUUCUUCCCUGCUGGUAGUAUACGAUCAAGGCUCAUCCACUCGUGUUGCCCAAAAGGUGUUGAAUCUGUUGAAUUUGAUGGUGAUUGAAAGUUACGCUCUAUUGGGCGAUGGAGUCAAAAAGUUGAACUACUUCCCGGAUGCUCACGAUUUCACCGAACUUCGUCAAGCGCUGGAAAAAUUGAAGGAAACCCAACAUCAGCUUACGUUGAGCGAGAGUAUUGAUCGUAUCCUGGAGCUGCCAAGUUUGAAGUAUGAAGAGCUUACUACCGUGCGGGAAUUGCUGUGUAAUAGGAAAGAGAAUUUGCGAGAGUUGUGCAGUGAACUCGAGGCUUCCAAUGGAUUCUCGGAUAGUUGUUCAAAAAAUAUUAUUUUACGAUUGAUUAAUGUGCUGUUGGAUGAAAUCCGCAAUGGCUCAAACGAUAGUCACACAGUGGAAGCGCUGCGCUGUCUGGGAGAGAUUGGACCCAUCGAUUUAGCUACACUACUACUUCGACCUGAUACUGAUACGGAAAUUUACGAGCCCUUGGAGUGUUGCGGAGAUGCCAUAGCAUUGCUAGUGCGAGUUCUUCUGACGGAGUUGAACAAACUCAUCGUAUCUAGCGACUUGAUGAUUGUCGAAAAAGCUACACUGGUAUGUUAUCACCUUUUCCGGAACAAAAUCUAUCGGGAAUUGACGGAUGAUACGCGCGCUUUCAUUCCCUAUAUGACAAGCCAAACCGAGGACCGGAACUUGUUCGAACGCUCGGCAGAGCGAAUCCCUUUGAAUAAGAUAAUUGACAGCACCGGUGGGGGCAUGACCUAUGCUUCCUUCGUAUUAAGUUUAUCGUCGACGUUACUAGAUUUUCUGCAUGAUACUGUGAUAAAAGCGCUAGCUGAAGUCGAGCCUGUUUUUGCAGCCACAAUUAUUCCACUAUUACUACAAAUCGUUUUAAGUUAUUGCGAUAAAGAUUUGAAUGAAGACGUUCAAAUAUUUGUCAACUCAUUCUUUGGAAAAAUCUCAAAUACUUCUGUAGAAGCUUGUAUAAGUAAUAAUCUGGAGGCUAUCAAUCUAAUGCUCAAAAUAGUUGAGUGCGUACGAUUGAAUAAUCAGAAUCGACCGAAAAAGCAAAUCAAAUUGAAUUAUCUGGAUAUUGCUGCGGCCAGCUUACGAUGUGGUGCCUAUUUUAAAGCCAUUCUGUACUGCGAAUUGUGGUGUCUCGAACAGCAAAGCGAAGGUUCAACGGUCGCUGACGCUGGCAAACAGGAUCCUCAGCUGAUGUCUAUCAUGAAAACAGCUUAUAUGGCUAUUGGAAUUGAUGAUGCAGCGAAAGCUUUCCUCGAUCCAAUAGCUUCCCGGAAUGAGUACUAUCAAUUGGAACGCAGAUACGGUCAAAGUUUACUGUACUAUGACGUUGCUAGUACUAGUAACAAUGAGGCAGACAGUUACGCUUAUUCGGAAGCCUUAAAACGGUCCAGUUUGUAUGGAUUAGCCAAAAGUGCCCUUGCUGGUAAAGAGCAGGUGGAUUAUGAUUGCGCGUGGCGUUUAGCUGACUGGAAUGUGGUUUUGGAAGACAUUCCGAAAGCCUGUAAUGAUAGAGUUGAUUGGGAAAUAACGUUUAAAAAACAGCAUUAUAAAGCUUUAAAAUGUUUGCACUUAAAGGAUGCAGUCGCCACUGGCGGUGCUGUAUUCGAAGCCAGAAAAGCUAUUGCUGAAAUGUUGAAAGUAGCCAGUAUGGAAUCAACGAAAAAUAUGUAUCCAUUUCUUUGUAAGCUACGACAGCUUCAGCAAGUCGAAGAUUUCAUGAAUGUUCAAUUUGUUAAGGUAAAUGAUGGCGAGAAAGAGUUGUUGCAUAAAUGGGAUCGUCAAGAUCAGCUCCCUUACAGUGACUUUUCUUUCAUGGAAGUAAUUCUGGUGCAGCGUGCUACUAUUCUGCAAACUGCACGUAUCCGAGCUUUGCGCAAAUGGGUUCCAGAUGCACUCAAUCAUGCAGGUUUUCAAUUGAUCUAUGAGGCGCGUGUGAGUGGCCACCACGAUGUUGCCAUGACCGCAAUUUGCGCAAUGAAUCAACAGACUUUAUCGGAUGAUGUGAAGGCGCUGCUGAUGCUAGAAGAUGCUCAGCUAAAUUGGGCGAUUGGUGACAAGUUUCUUUCCAAGAAAUUGGUGAACGAGAUAGUUGCCGGUGGUAAGUGCAAAGAUUUAAUGGUCAAUGCCGCAGCUUUUCGAAUCUACGGAAGCUUCCUGGCAGAAACGCAUGCCGAAGAUGUGCAGAACGUGUAUAAGAACUUUUUCCGGCAAUCACAAGCACUGGUAGAAGAAUCCGUGCGACAAACUAGUCAAAAAGCAGAAUCUCCCUUGGUGGACUAUCAAAACAAGUGUCUGGAUAGUGAUCGCAAUUUCAUUGUACUGCACACUGUGGCUAAGUAUGCCGAUCGUGAGUUUGCAAGAUUAAAAAGUCACUUUGCUUCGACGGAAUUUCAAUUGAAAAAAAUCAAUUUGGAAAAAUUGAAAAAGGAACUAGCUCUAAUCGAGGCCGAGCAAGCCAGCACCAAAGAGUCGGAAAAGGAAAAACUCUCCAACUUGAGACGAGCCAAAAUGUCGACGAAGCAAAACGCCGCCCGUGACGAGCAGUCGAUUAAAAUGAUGCAGUCCGAUAUGGAAAACUACCUCAAAAUGGCACUGCUUUACUAUUCGUCCUUUUCACGGAAAUCGAGCGUCGAAAGCGAUCUUGCCGUUUUUCGCAUUGUUGCCCUUUGGUUGGGUAAUUAUAGUGCUGCACUCGCGGAAAGCUGUGCCGAGUCGUUGCAGGUCGUACCCACGUACAAAUUUGUGCCCGUGUUGGCUCAGUUGGUUCCGCGAUUGGACAAUCGAAGUGAUGGUGUUGGCAAAAUGGUUUUCUCCAUUUUGGAACGUUGCGCUAACGAUCAUGCUUACCACACGCUGCCGCAUAUCUUUGCCCAGGUUUAUGCCUUUGCUGAUGUCGAGCGAUCGGAAGUACCGAAAGAUGACGAACGUUUGCUGGGAGCCCAAGCGUUGUACCACAAACUGCGAAAGAAUGCGAAAAUCUCCCAGAUUGUUGAUCAGUAUACCGACAUGAACCUGGCGUUAAUAGAGAUGGCCAAUAAAACUUUGGGAAGUGCUAGGGGAUUCAGUGACUACACAAUGACCGCCAAGGAUGCGCUUAGAAAGUGUAGAAAACUAGACAAGAUACACUGUCCUACGGUGGAUCUUAAAGUGCAAGAAAAUGCAACUUACAAUGAGAUUAUUGGUAUAGUUCAGUGGGACGAUCAAAUCCAAGGUGUCGGUGGUAUCAAUGCUCCGAAGAAGCUAGUCUGUCAAUGUACGGACGGUCAAGAGCGAAUACAGCUUCUGAAGGGAAAGGAUGACAUGCGGCAAGAUGCAGUUAUGCAGCAGGUGUUUAACAUUUUAAACAUCCUAUUGCGACAUGAUAAGGAAGCAAACAAGCGAAAGCUGACGGUACGGACCUACAAGGUGGUGCCACUUUCCCGUCAGAGUGGAAUCCUGGAAUGGUGCUCGAAUACUCUUCCGUUCGGUGCUUGGGUUAUUCCAGCGCACGAACGAUACCGACCCAAAGAUUUAACUCCCUUAGAAGCGAGAAAGGCCUUUGCUGAAUUGGCAAAAUCAUCGACACGGACCAAACAGGAAAAGUUUCUGAAAAUUUGCCAGCGAUUAAGUCCCGUUUUUCAACACUUUUUCCUGGAACGGUUUCUUCUGCCGGGAACGUGGUUCGAACGGCGGCUUUGUUAUACCAGAAGUGUUGCGGUCUCGUCGAUGGUUGGUUAUAUUCUGGGAAUUGGCGAUCGGCAUGUGCAGAACAUACUGGUGGAUGAAAAAACUGCCGAGGUUAUCCAUAUUGAUUUUGGAAUCGCCUUUGAAUUAGGUAAAAACUUACCCACACCGGAAACGAUUCCGUUUAGAUUGACCAGAGACAUUGUCGCUGGGAUGGGUGUUAGUGGAAUCGAAGGAAUUUUCAGGAAAUCCUGCCAGAAAACGAUGGAAAUUUUGCGCAAUAAUCACUCGCCGAUCAUGACAAUAUUGGAGGUGCUUCUGUAUGAUCCGCUGUACACGUGGAAUGUUCUUUCGAACAAAAAAGCUGCCCGAAAACAGAUGGCCGACAUGUACGGCGAAGGUAACCGGUUCGAUGGUGGUGCAACCUCGGCCAAUGUGAACAUCAGUGCCGAGCGUGCGCUGCUGCGAGUUAGUGACAAACUCAACGGGAAGGAGGACGAAAAAUAUACCUCAGUGGAAGGACAAGUCGAACGAUUGAAUUGUGCUGCGUCCAGUAAUUUGAAUCUGUGUCAGCUGUUUCACGGUUGGCAACCCUAUCUGUAA